UUAUUAAAAAUAUGGUAGUACAAAUGUAAAUAACACCAUAAUAAGAAAAUGAAUAAUAAAAUUAAAAAAAUGCGAAUACCAAUUGAACUUAAACAACUGCAGAAAAAUAACAAGGAUCAUGGUAUAUCAUGUGAGCUAAAAGGCUCGAACGAGGACGACUACUCCAAUUUGAUUGCGAAAAUUCCCGGACCUAAAGGAUCUCCAUAUGAAGAUGGCAUAUUUAAUUUGGAUAUAAGUUUUGGCACACAGUAUCCUUUCCAACCACCGACUUUUAAAUUUAUCACACCCAUAUAUCAUCCAAACAUUGACAAUUCAGGAAAAAUUUGUUUAGAUUUAUUGCGUAUGCCACCUUGCGGUUCUUACAACCCUGCUAUUACACUGGAGUCCAUAUUAUUGUCUAUACAGUUACUGCUGGCUUCCCCUAACCCAGACGAUCCACUGAACAGUGAAGCCGCUGAUCUGUACAAAGCGAAUAAGGAAACAUUCAACAUUAAAGUGCGACAAUGCAUAAGUAAAUCAUCUACGAUUCCGGAACAAAAAAAUAUAAAUGAUGGUCCAGCUGCCAAACGAGCUAAAUAAUUGAAUGGGCAUACACACAUGCAUAAAUUUAUUAUGAAGAAAGAACAUCAGUUUUCAUGAGGGAAUACAAUACUAUUUUAAUGUCUUAGUUUCUCAAAGUGGUUUUUACCGUUACAAUUAUUUAUCUUUAAUCAAUACAAUUUAUAUCAUUCUAAUUUUUGUUGACAUUAUUUCAUAAUUUAGAUGGUAAUGGGCAUGAUACAUUCCGAAACUGUGAAUUCCAAUAGGAUGCUAGGUGUGCUUGUUUUAUAUAUCCAAUAAGUUCUUAACACUUCUUUAAACUUGAAAUUCACAUAUACAAUCGAAUACAAAAACUAAACAUAAUUAACAAAUAAA